AUGGGCCAACGCGACCUGACCAAACCCUUCAGUGAUAAGGUCUUCCGGAAGGUCUGCCUUGACUGCAAGGUCGGGAAAAACAGGGCCUUUAGCAGUAAGGUCGAGGCCUCCACACCCUCCACGCGCACCAUCCCGGACAAGAGGCACACGGAGCAGCUCAACGAAAAGGAUGCUCUCAUCGCGAAGCUGCAGAAGCAACUCAAGGACGGGAAGGGGCAAGGAGGAGCGGUGGGAGGGGACGCAGAUGCUGGGGAGAGGAGUGCGACCAAGGAGGAGCUGGCAAAAGUCACAGAAUGCACCGAACGCUUGGAACCUGAGGCCGAGGAUGCAGUGGUUGCCGCGAUCUUGGUCAAAAAGCGGGCGCGGGAGAAGGAGUUUCCAUCGUUGCUGCUGGCCGAGAAACCCUCCGCCACUCAGAUCAGGACACUCGAAGCCCAGAUGACCAAGCUCCAGAACCAG